CACUGAUUAAACGAGCUUAUUAACGGUAUAUAUCACGAAAUGAAUGCUGAGCGAUCAUCUUGAUCAAAAUAAGCACUGAUCAAACUAUCGAUUUCAACGCGAAGUAUAGUAAGCUGAGCGAUCUUCGUAAUCAAAAUAAGAAAAUAUAUGGCAGAGAACAGAAAUGGCGAGAGUCCUCCUCCUGAUCUACCACCACGAUUACGAAUGAAUAACACUCCAAGUAAUAGAGUAUACGAGGAAGUCAGUCCCUAUGCCUCAACAGAACUUGGACAAAUUCACGAAGAUAUCAACCAAAUUGAAUCAUAUUCUGAAUCCUCACAAUCCGAACAAGCUUCUUUCUACGAGACUCCGUCUUCUUCGUUACAAUAUGAUCCUGUUAUUUAUACCCGAAGAGGAAGUAGAAGAGAAACAGGAGGUCUACCGGACUCUUACGAAAAUGACUACACUGUUAUAGAUACAACGACUAGAAGAGAUAGUUACGACUACAGUAACUACUAUCUAAGAACAGAUCCUGGUGAAACUUUCAAGAAAAUUCAUCGAUUUAAAAACAAUCCGCAAGAGUUUUUACAUGUGUUUGAAAGUACCAAAGACGAGAUACGCACAGAUGAGGAAACGUUUAUUAUCGUUCAUCUCUUGGAAAGAAGUAAAAACAAAUAUCCAACAUUGGGCGGUAGACUUGACGAAAUGGCAAUGCUUGCUUGCUGCAGCAGUCCUCAUGUAGUCAAGAAAGCGCUCGAUACGCUUCUACACGAGAUAUUCCUAAGCAUUUCUGACUUCUCCAGUGUUCGUUGCCAUAACCUUUUGAAAGCAGAGGAAGAACUUCGCUCUUCUUUUUUGAAAUUUUUGGAGGUUGAUCAUGAUAAGGCAAAAACCCAGAGAAUGACGACAUACGCUUGGCUGGUUACCUUUAUCCUUCUAAAGUGCAAUGACGAUGAAUUCAAUGAAAUUAAGCCAAAAAUUAGGGCAUUCGACAAAGUCCUAGAGGCUCUGCAGACUGACAAAGAAUACAGCGAACGCAAUAACUUUCGGUAUGGCAUCUAUCUCGCCAGAGAGAGCAUUAGACGAAUAAUCAACUCGUCUGAGAAGAAAAAUUUAAGUGAAUCUCUGAAGAAAAACAUCAAAAGGUGCGAAACUACUCUUAAUGGCCAGUUGGAAGAUCGCGAAAUUUUGAAGCUUAGUAAAAGCCUAGCUGAUUCAAAUUGGCUAGAUCUUCAUGUAUGUUUGGUUUUCUUGCAAGAUUUGAUGAAGUUUUAUCAGUUUGAAGGCGACAAGAAGCCCAUAAUCUUGAUACAGAUGUUGGUUGGCGAUUAUCGUAAGCGUUGUAGCGCUACCAGAGUUAGGACCCUUUUAAGAAAUCAAAAGAAUGAGCAGUGGCUGUUUGAGAUUUUGGUUUAUCACGUUACCCUUAGAUUGAUUAGGACAUCAACUAGCAAAGCAAUCAUUGAGCAAGUUUUGGCAGGCCAUGAAGGAUGUGGUGGCAUUUUAAAAACAACUAAUGCCAUAAAAUCGAUAUCGAAGAAAAAUACCGAACUGCUUGCUUUAAUGCAUCAUGAAAAACUAUGUCAGCGAGCUGUAUUCAUUGCAGAUCCCAAGAUCUUUAAUCAAUUCCUUACCGACAACUGCAAUGCCAGGGGUGAUGAAAAACCCUUCAUUGAGAAUUUAUCCACCCUUCAGUUAACAUCAUCAUAUAAAGAUAAAAUUUUCGUCAUCUUAGCAGAAUCACGAAUUCCAAUGGCAAAAAAUCGCGUGAUUACCUACAAUUGUCUGAUGAGUGGUAGAAAGUGCUUGUUGAAACUACAUCAACAUUCAAAAGAAGAGUUGCUCAGAUCCGAUGCUUUGAAAACUGUUCCUCUGCGAAAUGAAAUCCAGAUUCUCAGAAUUUUGAGUACAAACAAAGGAUCACCAAGAAAUAUAGUCCAACUUUUUGGUUCAAGCAUUGAUGCUCCCAUGCACAUGAUCAUAGAGAGAACGCCUAAAGCUGAUCUCCUCUCAUUUCUCGAAGACCUUUCCAAUCCACCAAGAGCCAGCGUGCUGCAUCAAAUUUCUCAGGAUGUCUGUACAGCUAUGGUGUAUCUUCAUGAGCAUGAUAUUAUCCACCGUGAUUUGCGCGCUAAGAACUGCUUUAUUUUUAUGAACGAGGGGGAAAUAAUCACCAAGCUUGGUGACUUCCAUCUCGCAAUUCUUUCAUAUUCCGAUCCGCAGUCGCCAAAUGGUAUUGCUGGUCGCAAAAAUUCUUCAAAAUCGAAAGAAGACAUUCCAAACACAUUUGCUCUCCGUUGGUUGGCCAUUGAAGUACUCCAGUUUGGCGAGUUCAGUCGCGCGUCUGAUGUAUGGUCAUUUGGCGUGUUGUUGUCGGAGAUUUUUACACUUGGGUGCAAGCCAUAUACCAACAUGCCAAGUGGUCUAACUUUGGACAACGAGAAUGAGGUUCACGAUUAUGUUCUUGCCGGAAAAAGACUCGAACUUCAUCCAAAGAUCCCUAAGCAAAUUCAACUGCUGAUUCAGUAUACGAUGAUGGACGUAGAUCGCAGGCCAACGUUUUCAGCCUUGAAAGGAAACCUGAUGGACAUCGUGGAGAAAAACAACUGGGAUGAAUUCUACCAUGACCCAGCGCAUUACAGGAUAUCACAUAGCGCUGAAUCCUACAGUAGUGGUAAAUUUUCAAAUCCAACAACUGGUUUCAACGUGGAUGGUUGUUUUGGUGAUUGUCUAAAUGCUUCGGGCAUUGCUAUUCCUACGAAAGUACACGUUGAUGGAAAACUUGUUGAUUGUAUAAAAGAGUUUGUACCUGCAUCACCCGAUCUCCUGAAAUUUGUUGAGUUUAAGCAUUCUUCAUUGGUAGAAGUUGCAAACAUGGCUGUUCAUAAUGAAAAUAUGGAAAUGGUUACAGAAAUUAGUGACUCUAAUUUGGAAAGUUUUAUCAACGAAGUUGGUUGCCCGUUGGAAAAUGCCAAGACUUAUCUUUCAGAUAUCGGGGAAGGCCUAUCGUAUUUACACAAGAACAGAUUCAUACAUCGAAAUUUACGAGCGACAUCGGUCUUCAUUUUCAUGAGUGGGCAGGCGAAAUUGGGAUGUUUUUCUCGCAUACGAAGACUGAAGCCGAACGUACUCGACCAGUCAUUGACAGUACCGAUUGAUCUUCCAAUCCCAUCUGGUGAUAUUUUGAGAUGGAGUUCACCAGAAGUAAUUAUUAAUGGAAAGUAUUCCGAAGCAAGUGACGUGUGGGCGUUCGCCGUGUUGAUCUGGGAAAUGUUCACUCUCAUAGCUCUUCAUGACGACAAAGAACUUUAUGACGAAGAAAACAACAAGGCCUCUUCCCUUCCCUAUCAUGAUUUGAAAUCAAAAGAGCAGAUAUUAUCAUACCUCGAGAAAAAUAGACUUGCCCAACCAAAAAAUUGUCCAGAAUGGCUUUACGAAACGAUGGAGCUUUGUUGGGAGUAUGAUGCUAAUGAUCGACCUAAAUGUGCAGACAUAUUACAAAGUAUCAACACCGAGAUACAAUCAACAAGUGAACAAGACCUGAAUAUAUGAAUAUGCACGAGUAUAGUUAGAAAGCACAUCAUUCAUAAUCAUAUAAAUUUAAAAUUCAGCCAGAAUGCUUUCUUUUAAUCAACAUCCCAGAGCGCUCUUCGCUUCUAGCCUCGUCCAUAAAUGUCUAAAUAUAAAUGUGAUUAGAAUUUAAUUUUUUCCAAGCAAAAAGCACAUUACACUUCAUCAUGCGUAACCUAAAGUUUUCGCACGCAUACUGUAUAGAUACUAUAUAUAUAGUAUUUCUCAAUGAACGAUUUCCCAAUGCAGUACAAUCACGUGAUCGAUAUUUACGUAUUUAUAUAUAUAUUAUUUCCAGGUGACAACCUUAAUGAUAACGACUGUGCAAUCGUAUGCAAUCGUUAAUUACAAUUUUUAACCAAACAUGCACAUUAUUAUUACUAUCAAUAAUAAAUUUAUUUAG